AUGUUGCCGGGCUUGGUCGUCUGGGCGGCAGCGCAGAGCUGUGGGGUGGUCUUGCAGAAGAAGCUGGAAUGGGUGGAAAUCAUCGAGCCUCGAACCCGGGAGCGCAUGUACGCCAACCUCAUCACGGGGGAGUGUGUGUGGGACCCCCCCGCUGGGGUGCGGAUCAAACGCACGAAUGAAAACCAGUGGUGGGAACUCUUCGACCCCAACACCUCCCGUUUCUACUACUACAAUGCCACCACACAGAGGACAGUGUGGCACCGGCCGCAGAACUGUGAUAUCAUCCCUCUGGCCAAGCUGCAGACCCUGAAGCAGAACACGGAGUCGCCGAGGGCUUCCACGGAGAACAGCCCCGGGAGGAGCAGCAAUGUCAGCAGGGAGGGCAGCACCAGUUCCUCCCUGGAGCAGGAGCUGGAGGGCAGCGAGAAGGUGCAGGAGCAGAGGUCGAGCCGUCAGUCAACCCAGUAUGCCGUAGUGAAAGAAGAAACAGAAAGUUCAUCGCCUUCCGGAGUGUUUGAGAAAGAAUAUGACAUUUAUCGUGAUUACAGUGCGGAAGGUCAACUCCUCCACUACAGGACGUCGUCCCUGCGAUGGAACGCCGGCACCAAGGAGCGGAUGCUGAUCAAAGUGACCGACCGCGAGCCCAGCUUCCUCAUGCACCAAGGCAACGGCUACACCCCCGAAAACCAACCGGGCACCCGUUCGCGGCGACCCUCGGGGGGACAACAGUCGCCCAACCUACAAACCUUCGCCCCCGACACCGACAACUCUGUUUUCUUCCCGGAGAGGAAGCAGUCGCCCUUCUUGAAGAGGGCCGAGCACGUGGGCAGCUGCUCGCCGCUGCUCGCCCAGCACCGCAAGCACUCCAGCGAGUCGCAACCCUCCUCGCCCCGCUACGCUUAUGAGCCCCCCCUCUAUGAGGAACCCCCCAUGGAGUACCAGGCUCCCAUCUAUGAUGAACCCCCUGUGGACAUGCAGUACGAAGCCAGCGGGAGCUACAAAGCCGGCUCGCCGCAGAAAUCACCCAUCCGUAAACCUCACCCCUUCCUGCAAUCGCCCAAGCAAGGCUCCAACUCACCCUACCAGCAGUUGGUGCUCACCAAACAGAAGUGUCCCGACCGGUUCAUGAGCCUGGAGUACAGCCCCGCCGGCAAGGAGUACGUCAGGCAACUGGUCUACGUCGAGCAGUCGGGCUCCAGCCCCAAGAUGAAGACGGGGUUGAGGCACAAAUAUUCCCCCAACCCCAUCGGUGGCUCCUACUCGCUGCAGCACAGCCCCUGCCUGGUCCGGGACCAACGCUUGGAGAUCAAAUCGGGUGACUACAGCAGCAUGGAGGGACCCGACUUCUGCCCUGGCCCAACGGGUGGCCAGGUGGCCCAGGGCGAGGACUCCAUGUCGUGGUCCAGCCAACAGGACACUUUGUCCUCCACCGGCUACUCACCCUCCACCAGAAAGAGGAAAAGCCGAAAGCCUUCCCUAUCGCACGACCCCAACGCCUCCUCCACGGAUGGCUCGGGGGACCGGGAGGUGUUGGGCGAGCAGAUGCUGGGUGAGGAACGAGCCACCCCGGGACCCAACAGGUCACCGAUGAACCGUACGGAGAGCAAGGCGGCGGAGGCGGAGGCGGCACGGGGCUUCCCCGAGCCCUUUUUGGCACAGGCACGCCUGGCUUGGGAAGCCCAGCAAGCCCACUACCAUAUGAAACAACGGAGCAGCUGGGAUUCCCAAAAGGACGGUUCGGGCUACGAGAGCGACGGUGCCCUCCCUUUGCCCAUGCCGGGUCCGGUGGUGCGAGCCUUCAGCGAGGACGAGGCGUUGGCGCAGCAGGAGAACAAGCACUGGAAAAGGAACACCUUCGAGAAGCUGGGCUUCCCCCAGAUCCUGCUGGAGAAGAGCGUCUCCGUGCAGACCAACCUGGCCUCCCCCGAGCCCUACCUGCAUCCAUCUCAGUCAGAGGAUCUCGGUGCCUGCGCCCAGUUCGAGAGCAGCAGACAGACCAGGAACAUGAUGCCUAGCGCCAGCUGUGUCUUCCCCACCUUCAACCUGCGGAAGCCCUCCUCAGAGACGGACAUUGAGAACUGGGCCUCCAAGCACUUCAACAAGCACACCCAAGGGCUCUUCCGCAGGAAGGUGUCCAUCGCCAACAUGCUGGCCUGGAGCAGCGAGUCCAUCAAGAAACCCAUGAUCAUGACCAACGACCGCAACGUCAAGAAAGAGGCGUGCGAGAUAUUUAAACUGAUUCAGAUGUACAUGGGGGAUCGGCGGGCCAAGACGGACCAGCUCAACGUGGCCUUGGAGAUCGCCACCAAAGGCUGGAGCAUGCAGGGUCUGAGAGACGAGCUCUACAUCCAGCUGUGCCGGCAGACCACCGAGAACUUCCGUUACGAGAGCCUGGCCCGGGGCUGGGAGCUCAUGGCCAUUUGUUUGGCCUUUUUCCCACCCACUCCCAAAUUUCAUUCCUACCUAGAAGGAUACAUUUACAGGCACAUGGAUCCAGUGAAUGACACUAAAGUGACCCAGCACAUUAAAGAAAUCCUGGAAAGGACCAAUAAGAAGAAACCCAAAUUGAGAAAGAAACCCAAGCCCUAUAUCGAAGAGCACGAUGCUUCUGGCGCGUGGCGCCACUGGAGACCUUGGCCGGAGUUCAUCCAUGGCUCCAUCUGCUGUCUCCAUCAUGCGAUGGGCUUUGGGCUCUGGAUGCGUGGCAACCAGCCCUGGAUGCUCAGCCGUGGGGGCCUGAAGAAGCCGAACAUCGAGGAGAUUCGCCAUGCCAAGAACGCCGUCUUCAACCCUUCCAUGUUUGGCAGCUCCCUGCAGGACAUCAUCAACAUGCAGAAGGAGCGGUACCCCGACCGGCAGCUGCCCUGGGUGCAGACCCGCCUCUCCGAGGAGGUCCUGGCGCUCAACGGGGACCAGACCGAGGGCAUCUUCAGAGUCCCCGGUGACAUCGACGAGGUCAACGCGCUCAAGCUGCAGGUGGACCAGUGGAAGAUCCCCACCGGCUUGGAGGACCCCCACGUUCCUGCCUCCCUGCUGAAGCUCUGGUACCGGGAGCUGGAGGAGCCACUGAUCCCCCACGAGUUUUACGAGCAGUGCAUCACUCACUACGAGAACCCCGAGGCGGCCAUCGCUGUCGUCCACUCUCUGCCCAGGAUCAAUAAAAUGGUGCUGUGCUACCUCAUCCGCUUCCUACAGGUGUUCGUGCAGCCAGCCAACGUGGCCGUCACCAAGAUGGACGUCAAUAACCUGGCCAUGGUGAUGGCCCCCAACUGCCUGCGCUGCCAGUCGGACGACCCGCGGAUCAUCUUCGAGAACACCCGCAAGGAGAUGUCCUUCAUCCGGGUGCUCAUCCAGCACCUCGACACCAGCUUCAUGGAGGGCGUCCUAUAG